AUGAAACAUCUGUACAAUCAUGGCGCCGUCAACCAUCUGCACAACCGUGGCGCCGUCAACCAUUUGCACAAUCUUGGCGCCGUCAACCAUCUGCACAAUCUUGGCGCCUUCAACCAUCUGCACAAUCUUGGCGCCUUCAACCAUCUGCACAACCAUGGCGCCGUCAAGCAUCUGCACUACCGUGGCGCCGUCAACCAUCUGCACAACCAUGGCGCCGUCAACCAUCUGCACAAUCUUAGCGCCGUCAACCAUCUACUCAAUCUUGGCGCCUUCAACCAUCUGUACAACCAUGGCGCCGUCAACAAUCUACACAAUCUUGGCGCCUUCAACCAUCUGCACAAUCUUGGCACCGUCAACCAUCUCCACAACCAUGGCGCCGUCAACCAUCUGCACAAUCUUGGCACCGUCAACCAUCUCCACAACCACGGCGCCGUCAACCAUCUGCACAAUCUUGGCGCCGUUAACCAUCUACACCAUCUUGGCGCCUUCAACCAUCUGCACAACCAUGGCGCCGUCAAGCAUCUGCACAACCGUGGCGCCGUCAAGCAUCUGCACAACCAUGGCGCCGUCAACCAUCUGCACAACCAUGGCGCCGUCAAGCAUCUGCACAACCGUGGCGCCGUCAACCAUCUGCACAACCAUGGCGCCUUCAACCAUCUAAACAACCACGGCGCCGUCAAACAUCUGCACAAUCUUGGCGCCUUCAACCAUCUGCACAACCAUGGCGCCGUCAACCAUCUGCACAACCAUGGCGCCGUCAACCAUCUAAACAACCACGGCGCCGUCAACCAUCUGCACAACCAUGGCGCCUUCAACCAUCUGCACAAUCUUGGGGCCUUCAACCAUCUGUACAACCAUGGCGCCGUCAACCAUCUACACAAUCUUAGCGCCUUCAACCAUCUGCACAAUCUUUGCGCCGUCAACCAUCUACUCAAUCUUGGCGCCUUCAACCAUCUGUACAACCAUGGCGCCUUCAACCAUCUACACAAUCUUGGCGCCUUCAACCAUCUACACAAUCUUGGCGCCUUCAACCAUCUGCACAACCAUGGCGCCGUCAACCAUCUGCACAACCAUGGCGCCGUCAACCAUCUGCACAACCAUGGCGCCGUCAACCAUCUACACAACCAUGGCGCCGUCAACCAUCUACACAAUCUUUGA